AUGAAGGCCGCCCUUGCUUUCUUCGUGCUGCUUCUCUUGCUAUUGCAGGUGGACAGCGAGGCCGCCACCACUGCGCUGCAGUUGUGGCUGUCCCUGAACACCUGGCAGCUGUCUUACCCUUGGGGGUCCAUGGUGGUGACCACAGUCAGUGAGGUCACCCUCUUUGCUGGCAGCAACAACAGGUUCAGCACUGACUAUUCCAUGGUGGACCUAUUCAACCUGUCCUCUGGUGAGAGGACAAGUGCUUGGCUCUUCCAGCCUUGUGUUGGCCUGGCUGCCACGUCCAGUGGCAACCUGGCCUUCUUUGCUGAUGGUGUUCACAGCUAUCUGGAUCUAUCUAACUUCUCAGUGGUGGACAUCUACAAUGUGAUGUCCAACUGGUGGCACAAAACCUACUGUACCCUCUCACAGCCACACACCAGCAUGACAGUGACAACAGUCAGCAAGCUUGCUCUGUUCACUGGAGGCAUCGUCUACCACUCAUCACCCACAGUCUCACAGUAUUAUCCAGAGCUCUUGGAUGUGGUCGACAUCUUCAACAUCUCAAUGGGUCUCUGGAGCAGGGACAGCUCUCCCUGCCCUGCAUUGCGCAAUCUGGUGCUGUUCACUGGAGGCUACACUGAUGAUAUUAACAGUGUUGAAAGAGUUGAUCACAUUGACAUCUAUAACACAUUGUCCAACCAGUGGAGCGUGGCUCAUCUCUCACAGCUGCACAGUGGUAUGGCAGCCACAAUGGUGGGUGACAUGGCCAUCUUUGCUGGUGGCUACAAUGAUAAGCUUGGCGGCCCACAGGCAAUGGUGGACGCCUACAAUGUGUCCUCUGGCUGGUGGUUCACAGCUGGCCUGCACCUGUUGGAGGCUUGGAGCUCACUAUCAGCCAUGUCUGUGGGCGGCUUCACUCUCUUUGCUGGAGGCUUUUCCACGGUGGUAUAUGCCGUACCCACGUUGGACAUCUUCAAUGUGUCCGCUGGCCUCGUCUCGCCUUCAACCACGCCAUCAGCGACGCCUUCA